GUUGUUCAUCUGUGUUUGAUUUAUAUGUAGUGCAGGCGUGCAGCUAGCUUUGGAAGACCUGAGUUCAUCAGCUUGCGUGGCUAUAAUUACUUGGAUACAGAUCGAUCACAAUAUUAUGCAUUUUGUUGAGAUUGCAAACUACAGUAUGCUUAACAAAGAAGAUAAAUGGAAGGGACUAGUUAUUUGCCUAUCUCAAAUUGCAUUGAACUUAAUGGUUUGCUGCAGAAUUUAGCAAGACAAUGGUAGAAUAAGUUCAGAAGGGAUACCUCAACUAUUGGUUUCAAAUUCAGAAAUCCAGAUGAGGCUUGACAGUUUUGAGUCAUACAAGCAUGCAAAAUGGAAGCCUAAGUCAACUAACUCUCCCCACGCCAGCAAAAAGGAUAGCAAAGGUGUGUUCCAAACCUGCAACUUGGACACUUGUAUAUGCUGUUGUGUCUGUCAACCUGUAAUUCAGUUCAUAAAAUACUUAUAACCCAGCACUAGGGCCAAUAGGGCCUCGCUCGGGCUCUGAUGUGGGUGUAGGUAGUUGAUGAGUGUGGCUAACAUAUGGGGCCUCCAGUGCAGUGCAUGCAAACAAACAACAUCUGUGCAGGAUCAGACCUAGUAGAUACAAGUCCAUCAAAUAAGAAUAGGCUCUACUUAUCCGUCUAAGCUAGCGUGCUGGCAAACAAAAAUGCCCUGAAUACACUGUAAAUGGGGAGAUGGAUGGAAAGUUACGUCGUCAAGAUGCCAAACGGGUACAAACACUGCAUUGGUGUUGGCGAUUUCCUUUUUUUGUUCUAGCACAAAAAGAAAAAAAACGAGGCUCACCACUGGUUUUUUUUAUUUUUUUUUGAUAAAAGGCUCACCAUUUGAAUUGAAUGCAUUCAGCAAGUUGCAGUGCAGUGCAGCUGUGGCGGGGACCCAAUGUCCCUCCUGCCGGUCCCUUCUCCGUAUUCCCUGCUUGUCCUUUUGUCGGAAGGCCUUUUCAUUUCUCUCCGUAUUCCUCUCCCUCCGCGUAAAACUCCGUUGCGAUGAGCUGAGAAAAGUCUGGUUCGAAGGUAUCGGUAAGCUAUAUACGAGCAACUCAAGGUAUUCUGUAAAAUCUGAUCCUAAAAUUUAGUUGUGGUAAGCUAUGAGCAAAAUCUGCUCGGAGUCGUUUGAUGCACUGAUAGCUGAAGGAUAUACAGAGUUUAUUGAGGUUGAUCUAAAUUCAUGUAUGACCAAAAAAAAAAAUGAAGCCACACAUUGUUCAUGUGGCAAGAACAUCCACAGUUUGAAGAAAAAACGGACCAAAACACAUUGGUGGCCACGGUGCACCGUGACCAUUGAGAUCCAAAAUGCCAAAAUGAAAGAAAGGACACAGGAGAAGAUGACAACAGUUUUGUCCCCAAGUUUUUGAGAGUAAGGACAACAACUCCAUGUAGCACGAUUGAUGUGAUAAACAAAGACAGAGCAACCACCAAAUCACACGUUAACUCACACAAAAUCUACCUAAUUCUAAUCUAACGCAACGCAGCUUGCUGGGAUAGAGGGAUGGCAAUCCUUUGGUAUUACCACUGAACCCAAGGGCACCUCCGUUCCAUCGCAAAAGCCAGCUCAUCACUCAGUGACACUACCCUCCUCACUCUCAGCAGCUCAUCACUACGCGCUGCUGUCCUGCUGUGUCGGUCCGUCCGCUGCCAUCUGCCUGCCGCUCACUCCCACGCGCCGCAAUGCGCCGCUUCCCCCUCGGCACCUUCGCCGCCGCCGCCGCCAUGGCGCUAGCAGCACUCCUGCUCCUGCUCCCUCUGGCCUCGGCCGCCGCUGGCACCCCGGCGAAGGCGAAGGCGCCCGCGGUCCCACCGGCGCCGCCCAACAUCACGGCGCUGAUGUCCAAGGGCGGGUGCAAGGCGUUCGCGUCGCUGGUGUCCAAGUCCCCCGACGCGCUCUCCGCGUUCCAGUCGGCGGUGGGCGGCGGCGUGACGGCGUUCUGCCCGACGGACGACGCCGUGCGGGACUUCAUGCCCAGCUACCGGAACCUCACCGCGGACGGCAAGGCGUCGCUGCUGCUGUUCCACGCGGUGCCGGUCUACUACACGCUGCGGGGGCUCAAGUCCAGCAACGGGCCCAUGAACACGCUCGCCACCGACGGCGCCGCCAGCAACUACAACCUCACGGUGCAGAACUCGGGCGACCAGGUCACGCUCCGGACGCCGGCGUCCGAUGACCCCGUUCGGGUGCGGUCCACCGUGUUCGACAAGGACCCCGUCGCCAUCUACGCCGUGGACGCGGUGCUGGAGCCCGUCGAGCUGUUCGACCCCGCCGAGGCGCCGGCCCCCGCCCCCGCGCCCGCGGCUGCCGACGCGCCCAGUCCCUCCUCGUCGUCCGGCAAGCGGACGCGGCACCAGCGGCGGCACGGCGCGGACGCGCCCGGGCCGGCAGCUGACGACUCUUCGCCGGCCGACCAGAGGAAGGACUCCAGGAAGAACGCGGCGGCUCCCGGCGCCCCGUGUCGCCCAAGGUGGCUCGCCGCCGUGGCCGUGGCCGCCGCCUUGGCUGCUUAGGAUGGGGUGGUUUAAAGAUUGGUCUUUUUCCCCCUCUCUGUCUCCGUCGAGAUGCAUCUGCACGAGCACGACAAGUGUGUGUGUGUGUGUGGCUGCUGCGUGCGCGUGAGCAUGGAUGGAAACGCCAUGGCUUUUUCUUGUUCUUUGUCCUGCUUAAUUGUUUGUUACUCCAUCGAUUGCUGCUGUUGUUAGUAUGAACAAGGUUGAUAUGGCUGGUGACCUGGUGUACCUCAAAUCUUGUUGAUCAAAAUCUGGGAACAGGUAAAAUUUCGCGAGCCAA